ACACCGUAUCGACCACUGGAACACGACCUGCGCCGAGCUCACGGCGUGGCUUCAUCGGGCGAUACAGCGUGCCCGAGCGCGCCGCAUGAUAGUGGUGGGAGCUGAUGCGAAUUCCGCGUUCGGACGACGCAGUGGGCCCAACGGCGCCCCGACCACGACGCGCGACGACGUGCACGUCGGCCCGUUCGCGAACAGCUACGAGAACGGGGUGAGUGCCGCUCUGUGGCGCAUGAUGAGCAUGGAAGGCUUGGGCGCGAUAGACACCUUUUAUGACACGGGGCCAACUUACUUCGGGGCCGAAGCUCACAUCACCUCGCAUCCUGACCACCUGUGGGGACCGUGCGACGCUGUGCAG